UGCUGUUUGUUGUGAAGGACGUGCAGAGAUGUCAGGAAUUGCGGCAAAGCUCCAGCAAAACAGGGCGCGUGCAGCGGGCAUCGGUACCAACGCUCAAGCGGUCAAAUUCCUCAAUCAGGACUAUGAAGCGCUCAAGCGAGAGUGUCUGGAGAGCGGACGCUUAUUUCAGGAUGACAUGUUUGAAGCCAAUACAUCUGCGCUCGGGUUCAAGGAACUGGGACCAAACUCUUCUAAAGUGCGCGGGGUUGAGUGGCUGAGACCAAAGCAACUGACGUCCAACCCAACGUUCAUUAGUGGAGGAGCGACCAGAACUGACAUCUGCCAGGGUGCUUUGGGUGACUGUUGGCUUCUAGCUGCCAUCGCUUCUCUUACCCUGAACCAGGACGUGUUCGCCCGUGUGGUCCCACCUGGUCAGAGCUUUGACGGUGACUACGCUGGAAUAUUUCAUUUCCAGUUCUGGCAGUAUGGUGAAUGGGUGGAUGUGGUCAUUGACGACCGUCUGCCUGCAAGAAAAGGAGCGUUGCUGUUUGUCCACUCCGCCGAGGGCUCUGAGUUUUGGAGCGCUCUGCUGGAAAAAGCCUAUGCAAAGCUGAACGGCUCAUAUGAAGCUCUCUCUGGUGGCACCACCACAGAGGGUUUUGAAGAUUUCACCGGAGGCAUCGCUGAGGUCCAUGAAUUGGCGAAAGCAGGUCCACAUCUCUUCAAAACCAUCCAGAAGGCUUUGAGCUGGGGCUCACUGCUGGGCUGCUCAAUUGAUAUUACAAGCUCUGCUGAUUCAGAGGCAAUUACUAGUCAGAAACUGGUGAAAGGACACGCCUACUCGCUUACAGGAGCCGAAGAGGUGGAGUACAGGGGCGAGUUAACCAAACUGGUCCGAAUCAGGAACCCCUGGGGGCAGGUGGAGUGGACUGGACCCUGGAGCGAUGGGUCUACAGAAUGGCGUCAGAUCAGUGACAGUGACCGUGAGAAACUGAGCUCAAAAGCAGAAGAUGGAGAGUUCUGGAUGUCAUACUCUGAUUUCCUGCGUCAUUACUCGCGGGUGGAGAUCUGUAAUCUGACCCCUGAUGCUCUCACAGAUGAAAGUGUCAAUAAGUGGGCACUGUCCAAGUUUGAUGGCAACUGGAGGAGUGGAUCUACUGCUGGAGGCUGCAGGAACUUUCCAAACUCGUUCUGGAUGAACCCUCAGUUUUUGAUCAAGCUGGAGGAGGAGGAUGAUGACCCGGCUGAUAAUGAAGCGGGAUGCAGCUUCGUUGUGGGUCUGAUCCAGAAGAACCGUCGCAAAAUGAGAAAGAUCGGAGAGGACAUGCACACCAUUGGCUUCGCCAUCUAUGAGGUUCCUCAAGAGUUUGUUGGGAAGAGGAAUGUCCAUCUGGAUCGUAACUUCUUUGUGCGACAUGGCUCAGCGGCCCGCUCCGAGACCUUCAUCAACCUGCGGGAGGUGUGCUCUCGUUUCUGUCUGCCCCCCGGCGAGUAUCUCAUUGUACCAUCCACCUUUGAGCCCAACAAAGAUGGAGACUUCUGCGUGCGCGUCUUCUCUGAAAAACAGGCAGAGUUCCAAGAGCUUGAUGACCCUGUCGAGUGCAAGGUUCCAGAGAUUGAUGUGAAAGAGAGUGAUAUUGAUAGCCGGUUUAAGAAUCUGUUUGGACAGCUUGCUGGGGCUGACUGUGAGAUCUCACCAUUUGAACUGCAAAAUAUCCUGAACAAAGUGAUAUCUAAACGCAAAGACAUUAAAACUGAUGGAUUUAGUUUGGACACUAGCCGCAACAUGGUCAACUUACUGGAUAAAGACGGCAGUGGAAAACUGGGCCUGCUUGAAUUUAAGAUUCUCUGGACUAAAAUUGAGAUGUACCUGGACAUCUACUGUAAAAUUGAUAAGGACAAGUCAGGCACAAUGAGCUCUAUGGAGAUGAGAGAAGCAGUAGAGAAAGCAGGCUUCUCUCUGAGCAAUCCUCUACACCAGAUCCUGGUAGCACGCUACAGCGACUCCAAUCUCACCAUCGACUUUGACAACUUUGUGGGCUGUAUUAUGCGUCUUGAAUGCAUGUUCAAAACAUUUAAAAUGCUGGACAAGGACAAGAAUGGCACAGUAGAGCUGAACAUGGCGGAGUGGCUGAAUUUUUCCAUGCUUUGAGGAAAAUGAGCAGAUUCCGGACUGCUGGGAGAAGAUCUGAUUAGUUUCUUAUGCAUUGCACUAACAAUGACAUUGAAAGACAGAAGGAAAAGGAAAACUGAUGUCGCUAUUUGUGUCAUAAUGUGAAACACAUUAGCAUGUCAUGCUACAUGUUCUCCAGACUCGGCCCUGCAUCAAACUGAUCGCCUAUCUUUAUAUGCUAAAUAAAUAAAUAAAUAGGUUCCUGAGCAGUAAAAAGAAUUCAUAUAUUUGUGGUUUAGCUAGUUAGUUAUUGCUUUUUUUGUUGUACAGUUCAUAGAAGGGUAUCAUAAAACAGUACAACAGAUGACAAAAAUAUGUUAGAUACAAACAAACCAUUUUAUGUGGACAAAAAUGAAUUGUUUAAUUUAAGGACACUGUUAAUGACAGCAGUGGCAGGUGUGUGUUUUCUUUCUUUCUUUCUCUGUAUGUCUACACUUCUUUAAAAAAAAAAAAAAACUUAUUUAUAAUACUUAUUUUUGAGAGAUGAACUAAGGAUUUUGAGUAAGUUACAGGCUUUUGCAGGUAAAUAUAUUGUGUGGUGCUGUUUGUAUGAAUUGUUUCAAGAAAUGCACUUACUGGUUUGCAAAUCUUAUGAUUCAAGAAAUAUACCAAAGCGACUGAGGGAAAACUGUAAAAUUUAAAUGCCAAUUACAGUUUCAACAGAUUGUAACUGUAGUGACCUUUACUUGGUUUAAAAGGUUCGUUGGUCACUUCUCGGGUCCACUGGGGAAAUUUUAGACACCUCUUUGUUGACUCCUUUAUAUCUAUUAAAGUCCAGGAAAAUGAA